AUGAAGAACCACCAAGACAACGACCAGUACGCCAUGGCGACGACGCCGACAGGAGCCGCUGCGAUCGACGUAGCGGCGCUCGAGCCCGAGCCAACGAUGUCGUUCGUGUCGCUGUACCGGUACGGCAACGCAGGCGACGCGGCCUUGAUUGGCAGUGGUGUCUGCAUGUCGAUCGUCAACGGCGCCACGUUUCCCUUCAUGGCCAUCCUCUUUGGUGACGCGCUCAACCACUUUUCGACCAACAACCAAUCGGCAGUCAACGACACCGCGCUCAACUUCCUCAUCCUCUCGUUCGUGCUGCUUCUUUCCGGCUACGGCUCGUACGCGUGCUUUGCUAUUUCCGCCGAGCGUCAAAUGCGGUCGCUGCGCCGCGAGGUGCUCAAGCAUGUUUUGUACCAAGAGAUCUCGUGGUACGACCAGCGCGACGCAAGCGAGCUCGCCUCGCGCAUCUCGGGCGACACUGUCAAGAUCAAGGAAGGCAUGGGCGAGAAGCUCGGCGAAGCCUUUCGCUACGUCGUCCAGUUCUUUGCGGGCUACGCGAUCGGCUUUUACAAGGGCUGGAACCUCUCGCUCGCCAUGUGCGCCGUCAUGCCGAUCAUGGCCAUCUCGCUCACUUUUCUCAUCAAGCGUCUGCACGAGUCCACGGCCCGCAGUCAGAAGGUGUAUGCUACCGCCGGUGCUGUCGCUGAGGAGACCAUUGGUGCCAUGCGCACCGUCGCGUCGCUCAACGCUGAGCCGCGCGCAAUUGAAAAGUAUGGCGAGAACGUCCAGAAGGCUGAAGACGAGGCGGUCAAGCUUGCCACGUUUGUCGCCUUUACGUCCGCACUGUUCAUCAUGAGCAUGUGGCUCACCUAUGCGGUCGGGCUCUGGUACGGCGGCUACCUCGUCAAGGACCAGUCGGGCACAGUCAACACACCCGGGGACGUCUUCUCCGUCUUCUAUGGCAUCCUUCUGGGCACGAUGGCGAUCUCGCAGAUCUCACCCAACAUCUCGGCCGUGGCCUCUGCCAAGGGUGCAGCGUCAGCUCUCUACCAAAUCCUCGACCGCCCGUCCAAGAUCAACGCGGCCAACCUCGAGGGCGACGUGCCACCGUACUGCAACGGCAAGGUUGAGGCCCGCGAUUUGGUGUUUUCGUAUCCGACGCGCCCUGAAGACGUUGUCCUGCGCGGCUACUCGCUCACGAUCGAGCAAGGCCAGACGGUUGCGCUUGUCGGCUCGUCCGGCUCGGGCAAGAGCACGCUUGUCGCCCUCCUUGAGCGCUUUUACGAACCCACGAGCGGCCAGAUCCUCCUCGACGGCCGCGACAUCUCGUCGCUCCAGCUCAAGUGGCUUCGGUCGCAGAUCGGCCUCGUGUGGUCGCGGCCGCGAAGCUCGCCAACGCCCACGACUUUAUCAUGA